CACUGCAACGCAAGGAGGGAUCCCAUCAUCUCUCUGCUGGGCUGAAUGCUCUGAAUGUAGGUGUAGAUAUCUUCAGACCUCAUUUUACAUCAGUACUGUUCCUGUAGUCUUCAGCAAUGAACUACUUGCGCAGGCGUCUGUCAGACAGUACCUUCAUCUCCAACCUGCCCAAUGGCUACAUGUCAGACCUGCAGAAACCAGAUCCCCCACAGCCUCCACCUCCAGGACCAGCAUCAGCACCGGUGCCGGUCUCUCCGGCCCAGGAGAGGAAAGCCAUGCCAGCCAGCCAGCCUUUAGGAACGGGGUUCUUCAGUUCCAUCACCAAUGUGGUGAAACAGACGGCAGCCUCAGCAGGACUGGUGGAGCAAUCGUCUGUGCCAGCUUCAUCCAAGAGACAGAAGACACUGCUGGUCAUAGAUGAACCACAACAGGACUGGGCUAAGCUCUUCAGAGGGAAAAAACUGAAUGGAGAUUAUGAUAUUAAAGUUGAACAGGCUGAGUUUGGUGACAUCAGUGUCAUGGCUCAUGCUAACGGAUCAUGUAAUGUGGCUCUGCAGUUUUUGCAGAAUGGAAGCAAAGUUGUCAGGUCACUGAAGCCUGACUUUGUGCUGAUCCGACAACACGCUUUCAGCAUGACAGAGAACGAGGACUUCCGUAACCUCAUCAUCGGUCUACAGUACGCUGGGAUCCCCAGCAUCAACUCUCUCGAGUCUAUCUAUAACCUCUGUGACAAACCCUGGGCGUUCGCACGUCUCAUCAGCACGUACAAGAAACUCGGACAGGAGAAGUUUCCGUUAAUUGAACAGACAUUCUAUCCCAACUAUAAAGAAAUGGUGACCAUGCCAACGUUUCCUGUUGUGGUGAAAAUCGGGCACGCUCACUCUGGUGUGGGGAAGGUGAAAGUGGAGAACCACACAAAGUUUCAGGAAAUUGCGAGUGUGGUGGCCAUCACUCAGACCUACAGCACAUGUGAACCAUUCAUUGAACCCAAAUAUGACAUCAGGAUUCAGAAGAUCGGCACUGAUUACAAAGCUUACAUGAGAACAUCACUGUCAGGAAACUGGAAGUCCAACACUGGUACUGCUAUGGUGGAACAGGUGGCUAUGACAGACAGGUAUAAGCUGUGGGUAGAUACCUGCUGCAAAAUAUUUGGGGGCCUUGAAAUUUGUGCCGUUAAAGCUAUUAAUGGCAAAGAUGGAAAAGAUUACAUUACAGAGGUAAUGGGUUCGUCAAUGCCGUUAGUGGGGGAUCACCAGGCUGAAGACCAGCAGCUCAUAGCAGACAUGGUCAUUGCCAAAAUGAACCAUGUUAUAAAACAAAACCCCAAGAGUGCAACUCCCUUUCAGCCAAGACAGUAUGCUGUUGAGAAAGACACUGUGGUAGAUGUGAAGAAUGACGCACCUCAGAAAGCUCCUCCUCAAGGUUGUUUGCAGUACAUUCUUGACUGUAAUGGUGUCGCAGUGGGACCAAAAUUAGUCCAGGCGAACUAACAAGACUAAGACGGUUCAAACGAAUCAAACUCUAGAGGUUGGGUUCAAACAUUCAGAGAGCUGAUGUUGUGUUCUCUGUGAAAGGACAUGGGUCUUAGUUUAGGCCUGAUAUCUGUUUCAGUCUGUACUGUUGAGCUUUACUGUUGUACACUUGUAAUGGUUGCAUUUGUGUCUCUGUGAUGCGCUUGUUUCUUCAUGCCAAACAAGCAUUUUGUGCCUAUAUAGCGUUUAGUGACACUUUCCUCAUGUACUGUAUAUUUCUAAUGUUAUUUUCUGUUAUGUCUAUACAUUUCAGUUUUUAUUGUAAAUGGUGUUUAAAAAUGGUUUGUUAGCUAUUGUGUGUACAGUAUAUUUACACAUAUGGAAGUACUGUCUGGAGAUUAUAUAACAUAAAUGAACUCUUUCUUUGCAUGGGCAAAUGUGUGUGACGUGUUGUUGAAAGGUGAGAUGUGAAUUGUGUUUCUUUGUUGACAUCACUGUUACAAUACUCUAGAUAUCGUUAUUGCACCUUCAGUAUUGUGUAUGUGUCAUAAAAUAUGGGAAAAAAAUGUAUUUGCUACAUCCCUAUGGACAGAAGUAAUAUUGCUGUGCAUCAGUCAUUUUUGUAUGGCAAAAACUGGGGCAGUUUGAGUUUUCUGUCCUCCUGUCAUACAUAUUAGAAAACAGAAAAUUAAAUAAAUAAUAAGCAAUAAAAAUAAAA